AUGAGGAUCUAUAUGUCCUUCGAUGGAUCUGCUCGUGUCAAGAGAGGUGGAGGCGCCUACAGCGCGAUCUUGUGGAAACUGCCUGAAUGGAGGGUGUUGAAGGCUAGAUCUGGAUACGCCGAAGGCUUGACGGUGAACGAGGCGGAAUACCAUGGACUGUUGCUAUGUUUGGAUCUGUUGCAAGGUCUGGAUCAACGAUGUCUGGUGAUCUGGGGAGACUCGAACCUGCGGGCUUUGGAUCGACUACGUGCUUGGUCGGAUCACGAGCUAUUGCAUGUUAAGCGAGAUUGGAAUGAGGGUGCCGACAGACAAUGUGGGAUCGAGGUUGAGACUGAAGAGGAGAUCCAGGAUCUAGUGACCUUGGACCGGUUGGAUAAGAUCCUGAUAGUGAAGAUCGAAGACGAUAUCGCACAGAUAUCUGCCGUAACGACCCGAUCUAAGGCUAGAUCUGGAGUGCGUAUCGGAUCUGAUCCAGACUCACUACGUGAGGAAGUUGUGAGAGAGCUGAGGAUCGAGCGGAUCCGGCAAGCAAAGGAUGAGGAGUCAUGGAUCUCGGGUCUGAAGAAGUAUUUGGUUGGAGAGAUCUGGGAUCUGACACAAGAGGAUGCUAAGGUGUUUGGAUCUAUUGCCAUGAAUUACGAAGUGGAUCAGUCGGAUCUACUAUUCUACUGCCCGACAACUAAGGGCGCAGCAGCAGAUCGAGACAAGUUGAUGUGA